AUGCCCCGGGCGGCGCGGGGGCGGGGAGGGGACCUGACUGGAGCUGCGGGAGCCGGGAAGCCGGCCGAGGCGCCCCCUACACAGGCCCGGGGGCAGGGCAGGGAGGAUCCCAAUCCGCGUUCGGUUAAAGCCUUUCAGGCGCUGGUGGGCGUCGUCGGGGAGCGGGAGCCGGGCGUGGGCCCGCGGGAGGCCACACCUGGGGCAGGUCAGAAGACGUCAGAGCCAGACUCCAGGUUACAGCGACGCCUCUGGCUUCCCCUGCCGCCUCCUCCUCGCCCCCCUCGCCUCGAGGAACGGCGCCUGCCUGCCCGCCCUCGGCGCGGUGAUGUCUGGAGCCCGUGGGCACAUCAGCUGGCUUCUGCAGCUGAGGGAGAGAAGCCGGUCUCCCUUGCGGUGGCUGAAGCCUGCACAUCCCUGACGGCCCACCGGGCGAAGCAAGGCACGCGGUGCUGUGUUCCGGACGGUUCCGCGUGUGGAAACCCUCAAGGACCACCGUGUGAGGAGGCGGAGCCUUCGGGAGCUGAGCAGGUCACAGGGGCUCCACCCUCGGCGAUGGGACUAGUGCUCUCAGGGAAGACCCCACAGAGCUCCCGGCCCUACCCCCUCCUGGGAGCCCACGGGGAGAGGCCCACCCACCUGGAGCCAGGGAGGAGGUCCCUCCCAGUACCUGGUACCCAUGUGAUCUCGGACUUUCCGCCUGUAAAACUGUGAGAAAUCAACUUCUGUUGUCGACCCAUCACCCCGUCCGCGGCCCGAACAGACCAGCACGGGCGACGAAUGUGGUCCGGGGCACGGACGUAUCACUGCAGUAGAAGCGCAUGAAGAAGCAGGAUGGAUAGCUCAGUUUCCACCUUCUCAUUUUUUUUUUUCAAACAUGUCUG